CCCGAGGCUGCCUCAUCUGGCACUGAUUAUCCCUGCUGCUGCUGCUGCCGCCGCCGCUAAACUCAGCUGCUGCCUCAGUCUCGAGGACCCCAGCGCCUCUCCCCCCAGCCAUGCUGCCUGCUGCCACUGCCUCCCUCUUGGGGCUCCUCCUCACUGCCUGGGCCCUGCUGCCUUUCACCCAGGGCCAGACCCCCAACUACACCAGACCUGUGUUCCUGUGUGGAGGGGAGGUGACCGGAGAGUCUGGUUACGUGGCAAGUGAGGGUUUCCCCAACCUCUACCCCCCCAAUAAGGAAUGCAUCUGGACAAUAACAGUGCCUGAGGGCCAGACUGUGUCCCUUUCCUUCCGAGUCUUUGACUUGGAGCUGCACCCUGCCUGCCGUUACGAUGCUCUGGAGGUCUUUGCCGGGUCUGGAACCUCUGGCCAGCGGCUUGGACGCUUCUGCGGGACCUUCCGGCCAGCGCCCCUAGUCGUCCCCGGCAACCAGGUGACCCUGAGGAUGACUGCAGACGAGGGCACGGGAGGACGAGGCUUCCUGCUCUGGUACAGCGGGCGGGCCACCUCCGGCACUGAGCACCAAUUUUGCGGGGGGCGGCUGGAGAAGGCCCAGGGAACCCUGACCACGCCCAACUGGCCAGAGUCCGAUUACCCCCCGGGCAUCAGCUGUUCCUGGCACAUCAUCGCUCCCCCGGACCAGGUGAUCUCGCUGACCUUCGGGAAGUUUGACCUGGAGCCCGACACCUACUGCCGCUAUGACUCGGUCAGCGUUUUCAACGGAGCAGUGAGCGACGACGCCAAGAGGCUGGGGAAGUUCUGCGGCGACACCGCCCCGGGUCCCAUCUCCUCCGAAGGAAACGAGCUCCUCGUCCAGUUCGUCUCUGACCUCAGUGUCACGGCCGAUGGCUUCUCCGCCUCCUACAAGACCCUGCCGCGGGGUGCUGCCAAGGAAGAGCAGGCUCGGAGCCCUGGGGAGGACGCCCAGUCGGGUACCCAACUCCUCAGCCCGGGCCCUAAACCCGGAAUCCCGUCUGAGGAGAAACCAAAAGCCUCGUCUGAGGCUCCGGCAACUCCGAGGGGGCCCGAUGUGCCCAGUGUCCCCUGCCCAAAGCAGUGCCGCCGGACAGGAACCUUGCAGAGCAACUUCUGUACCAGCAACCUGGUGGUGACCGCAACAGUGAAGUCCAUGGUUCGGGGCCCAGGGGAGGGCCUCACUGUCACUGUCAGUCUCAUUGGUGCUUACAAAACCGGAGGUCUGGACCUGCCUUCUCCAAUCACUGACACCCCCCUGAAGUUUUAUGUGCCCUGCAAGCAGUGCCCCCCUAUGAAGAAAGGAGUCAGUUAUCUGAUGAUGGGCCAGGUGGAAGAGAACAGAGGUCCUACCCUUCCUCCAGAGAGCUUCGUGGUUCUCUACCGGCCCAACCAGGACCAGAUCCUCACCAACCUCAGCAAGAGGAAGUGCCCCUCCCAACCUGUCCGGGCUGCUGGGUCCCAGUCCUGAAACCCAGGUCAGCUUCCCAGCCCUAGGCCUAGGGACUUCUUUCUUAUCCAAAUAAAUGUUUCUUGACUGAG